AAUGUUUACAAUGCAUUACAUUUGUUGACAAACAUUAAACUGCAAWAACUUAUUGAACGACAACCCGAUUGGUGGCCACAAUAUGUCAUUAUUUCCCGCAUACGCCACCACAUCGACCACUAACAGUGACUAUAAACAGAUACCGAUAAAUAGCGGACAUAUUGAGACUAAAGCAGAUGAUGGACAACAACAACAACCCAAUUGGCUUUCGUUAAAAAGUUUUGAUGACAAACGAGUGGUUGAAUUGAAUAAAGAGAUCGUUGUGUCCGACGAUGUGGUCAUCGGUGGUCAAACAAAAAACGAUGAAAGAAAUCGUCACCGAAAGCAUAAGUCGUCGAAAAGAGACGAUUCAUCAAAGUUGAGAUCAGCUAAAGAAAGACAUGAAUCAUCUCUGUCUGUGAAGAAGUGGUCAAAGGGGUCGUCAAACAGUUUGGCGCAACAGUUGUCCGACAAGACCUUCAUUGAAGAGACGGGUCUUUCACUGGAAAACGCUUAUAGAUUUGACACAAAAGGAGAUAAAAAUAACUUAGCGUUUGAUUCGUUAUAUUACAAGAAGUGUGCAAACUAUGAGAAGAAGCGAACCAUUGAUACCACGAGAUUAAGGCAUAGAAAUAAUGACUCAAACAUUAGACACAAAAGUAAGAAAAUGCGAUAUUAUUCUCAAGAAAACCGAUCACUUCUUAAGAAGAAUUUAAAAGAUACGAUAGAUUUGUCUAAAGCUAUAAAUCCAAUUCUGGAACCGUUAGAGUUUAUUGCUGUCACUGAAAACCAAGCUUACAGACAGAUAUCAAAUGUUCAAUCAAAUCCUUUAGGUGUUUACGAUGUGAAAACUGCCUUAUGGUCUGAAGGAAAGGGAUCACUUGAUGACAUACCUUUACCAGAAACGACAAUAAAAUUUCAAUCAAUGAAUGACACUAACACUGAUAAGAAAGUUUCUAUUGGUCCGAAUUCAUGUCCAAAUCAGGAACAAUAUAUUUACGAUAAGACACAAGAAUUUAAUUCAUAUCUWAAGAAUAACGAAACAGAUGUGAAGAAAUGGCUGGAAUUUAUUGCAUUUCAAGACAAAAGUGUCGACAUUAGUGUAGAUAUUAGCACUAAUAGUGAUAAAAUUGAAGGCAAAUCCGUCGACAUAUACAUAGCUGAGAAAAAACUAAUUAUUUGUGAAAAAGCCUUAAGUUUUAAUCCAAAAUCAAUUGAUCUGUUGUUGUGUCGACUUGAGAUUGCGGCCGAUAUUUGGGAUUUCGAUAAAUUGGUUAAAGAAUGGAAACAUUUGGCUUUUGUUUAUCCAAACUCUAUGCAAAUGUGGAGAAAAUAUCUGUGUUUUACACAUCAAAAUAUAACACAUUUUAAAGCUUCAAAAACGAUUAAAGUCUAUGAAAAAUGUAUACAAAUGUUGUCGAAAAUGUCGGAAAAGACAUUCAUCAGUCAUAAACCUCCCGAAAAUUUAGAACAAGAGAUGGUAUCUAUUUUAUCGUCUUAUUGUCGAUUUUUGCUGCAUUUGGGACAAACAGAGAGAGCUGUCUCAACAUUUCAAGCAUUAAUUGAAUUUAAUUUAUUUACACCCAGUCUUCUUACGUAUGAUAUGUCACUUCAGGACUGGAAAACUUUAUUUGAACCGUUUUGGGACAGUGGGUGCCCACGGUUUGGUGAAAAUGAAGCAAUUGGUUGGUCACAAGUUUUGACUCUUAAAAAUGUUGUCAAUAAUCAAACAAAGAAUAAUGAUAUUCAAAACCUUAUCGAUGAAGAAGAGAAUAAAAUAAUUAACGAAAACAACAAAAGUGUGAUUUGGAUUAAGUUUGAAUUAUUACGACAAAAGUUUCAUUGGCUGCCGGCUCGUAAUGAUAGCGAUGUGGACGAUCCCGAAAGGAUUGUUUGCAGCGACGACAUCAUCGAUAUGUUGGUCCGAUUUCGUGAACAACAAUCAAAAUAUCUUUUAGUGAAAAUGUUUUUACAAUUUUUAUUAUCGAUUGAUUCAAAAACUAGUGAAAAUGUGAUUAAAAAUGAUGUGUACAUUGAGUUACCGAUAGACAUAUCCAACUUUGCCAUAGAAUUACCACUUUUGCCUAAUUUUUUUGGCAGUGAAGCUAUUAUACAAAGUAUUUUAAAGUCAAGUGUCGUCUUAUUUAACGGUCAAUACAAAUGUGAUUUAGUGUUACUUUGGAUUGAAUACGAAAUGAAUAAAAGUGACAAUAAAUUGAGUGCUAAACAGAUGAGAAAAUUUUUGAAAGAUUUUUUAAAAGAUGAUGUCUUCAGAAAUGAUCUCAACAUUUGGUCACAUUAUGUCUCAUUUGAGUACUCAUUAGCCGAUAAUAAGAGUGAACCGCGAAAACUAUUUCAUACGGCCAUUGAGUUUAUGAUUAAAUCUAAUCAAAACAGUGAACAACUCUUUAGAUUUGUUCGCAAAUACAUUGAACUCGAAUUAAACAUUACAUGUCUUUCCAAAAUGUCUUCAAAUCUAUCAAAAGAUAUUAUAAAAUAUGAUUCUGUUUGCGAAGAGUUUUGUCUCAACUCAUUAUUGUCCAUAAGUUGCGGACAAAUGUUAUCCAAAUCUACGCCAACUAUUAUACUGAAGGCUAUAAAUAGUUUAAGACUUAUCACAAAUCCAUCUCAUAAUCAUUUGUUUUGUUUGAUUUAUAUUUAUUACUUUACAAAAGGUGUUCAGCAAACAAUUGAUGUAAUAGAAGAAACUCUUGUUGUUAAACAAACAGUGAUUAAUGAUAAACAUUUAUAUAAUAUUUAUUUACAAUUAUUGUUAUUAAAUAUCCGACAAAAUUUUGGACAAUCGCUAAAACAGUUGCGUUCAGUGCUUAAUAGAGCUCUUGGUUUAUAUUCAACUGAUCCGCAAUUUUUAGGGCUUUUUGUUAACAUUGAGUUCAUGUCAAAUGUUUUUUGUCGAAUGAGACGCUUCUUCAACAAAACUUAUCAAUUGGUACGAAACGAAGGAAAUCGUGUCGAGAACUGGUAUUUAAUUGUUUACGCCAUUCACUCAGAAUUAAAACGACUUAAUCUAAACAAUGAAACAUAUACCGGUUAUGACACCAAAUCAGGUAUAAUAAAUAGGGUUAGACUGUUGUUUCAAAGGGCCAUCUCUAGUCAUCAGCUUAACAAUAGUGUAAUACUUUGGCGAUUAUAUAUUAAGUUUGAGCUUAUGUGCAAUAAUACACUGAAAGCAAAAGCCUUACUUUAUAGAGCUUUGCAAACAUGUAGUUAUAGUAAAAUUUUAUAUAUGGAUGGCAUUCAAUAUUUUGGAUCACAAUUACAGGAAUUAGUCGAUAUUAUGACCGAAAAAGAGCUGAGAAUUAGGUCUCCAUUAGAAGAAAUCGAUUUAUUGAUGAAUAGUUUGAAUUAGUUAUAUAAAUAUAAAUAU